UAGAAAGGCAGAUAAUGGCUUCUAACGAGAAGCAUAUCAAGCGGCCGCCGACGAGGUCAUAAACGUACACAAAUUCUUGUCACCUGAAAAAAUGUCUAAAAUAGAUUGAGGUAUCACAAGAGGGAGUACGGUGAUGUAAAGGACAUGCUGGCUGCGAGCGGUUUCAGUUGGGAUAGUGAGAGCAUGGUGGUGGCGGCCCUAGACGAUGUUUGGAAGGAGUAUUUAAAGUCUCAUCCGCGAGCUGAGAGGUUACGUGGCAAGCGAAUUGAACGGAUGGAUGAUUUAUCGGUGAUUGUUGGGUCUGACCAGGCUGCGGGCAGAUAUGCGAAAGGAAGUAAGAACAUUGCGGCAUCCUCGUCUCGUGUUUAUAGAGACCUGAAUGAUUUGUGGAGAGAGCUGGACGAUGACACGGAUGCUACCGUGGACCUAUCUGAGGAAAAUCUCUAUGAAUCACCUGGCAUAUAUAGCCAAUCAACGGACAGUUAAAUAAGGGAAAAUAGGCCGUUUCAGGACACUCCCAAUUGUAGAACCAAAUCCGAUAGUAGUCAUGGUGGGAGUGUGACAACAAAAAGGAUGCGACCUGCUCGACCAUAUGAUGUCGUAGACAUGUCUCUCACGAGUGUCGCAAAGGCUAUGCGUAACUUCUAUGUUGGAAAGGAGGUCAACUGAACGAGAUUUGUCUUAGACAUAUUGGAAGAGGUUCAGGGGCUAAUCAAUACUGAAUUUAUUGAGGUUGGUCAGCUCUUGAAUAAAGAUGAGAAGGUUGCAUCCUUUUUUGUUGCCCUACAGCCGAAUCGUCGUGUUGAUCGGCUUAAAAAAACUCUGUUUCAUUUGAAGAGUAAUGAUGGUGGUGGCUCUGUUUGAUGGUUGCUGAUCUUUGGGGUUUAAAAACU